AUGAGCAACGUAAAGACCACAAAUUGGCUCAGAAAGUCUUUCUCAUGCUUGAACUCUUGGGUAAAAGCAACCGACAAGUUUGGUGUGCCAGUCAGUCUUAACUUCAAAGGGGAAGACUCUUUUAAGACAACAGUUGGAGGCAUAUUCUCCUUGAUCUCUAUGCUCCUCCUGAUGAUGUACACUAUUUUAGAAAUGAGGCUAGUAAUCACAAAAGGGAAGACAAGCAUCAAUAGCAACAUUGUUUCUAGAAACUUAUUUGAAAGCAAAGAGACUUAUCAAAUUGCGAAAGAUGGCUUUAUGAUAAGUAUGGGUGGAAAUACAGCUACACUUGAGGAUCCAACUUAUUUUAACUUUCAAUACAAGAACAGAAUUAUUGAGAACGAGCUUAUCGGGGGACCUAAAAUCAGAUAUGAAGAUGUUGAAUACUCUACAACUCUUUGUGGUGAUAAAUUUGAUCAGUUUAUUGACAAAGAGACUGCAACAAGAUUAAGCAUGCACUUGACUCUUUGCCCUAAUUCAAGUGAUUGGAGAAUUGGAGGAUCCCGGACAGGGUAUCAGUUUAGUGCAUUCAUUGGAACAAUUAAAAGAUGCUCAAGUAAUUUAUCAGGAUUUUGCAAAUCUGAAAACGAAAUCAAUGAUAAAAUAAAUUCUCAAAAAUUUUUCGUGGCAAUAUCGAAUUACUACUUCGAUGUUGAAGAUUAUGAUAACCCAGUGAAUGUUACAUUUGAAGAUGAGUUUAAUUACUCUCUUAUCAAAGAAAUGACUGUUGAAAAGACUCUAAGGGUAAGAAUAAAUAAAGCAUAUGAUUACACCAACAUAUGGUAUCCUUCCAAUCCCAAAGAGUAUACGUAUUACUCCAUAGAGUCUGUGAAAGAUGAUCUUCAAGCAGAGGAUGGAAGUGGAGACCUUGCCAGAAUCAAUAUAAUUUUGGACAAGAACUAUAAAAUUGUUGAACGCAAAGUCUAUACUUUUUAUGACAUGCUAGGACAAGUUGGAGGAGUUAUGGGCAUUAUAUACUCUCUUGGCUCUGUUUGAGUGAACAUCUUCUCUGGAAAAAUAUAUAUCAUGACAUUGCUAUCAUACUUUUAUAAAGUGGAAAGAAGGCCUGAUACCCAAAAAGUAGCACCUUUACAAAAAAUCAGUCCUCAAAAGCUCAAUUCUUUUCAUGAAAAUUUGAGCAAAAAUGAAAUUAAAGAAGAAGACAAGUUUGAUGAUUCUGAAUGUAACAUCAAGGGUAGGACUUAUGAAGACAUCAACCUAAAUAAAAUAUCUCAGCUUAAACACAAGCUGACUUCACUGCAAUUCUAUAAAUAUUCUUGCUUAGAUCUGUUCUACACCAUUUUCUGUUGCUCAAAAUUCAGACGGAAGAGGUCCAAGGAGACAUCUUUGUACAAACAAUAUAAAGAUUAUACUUGAGGAAGAGAGAAGAUUACUCAAGAGCUUGACUUGAUUUCAAUCAUUGACACGAUGAGAACAGUUCAUGUCCUUUCAAAUAUUAUUCUUGACAAGAAUAAAUAAAGUUCUUGUUCAAAACCAACCGGUAAACAUAUGAUCCAAUACCAAGAAGAAUAUAAAAUCAGAUUAUCCUAAAAAUGAAGAGAAAAUAGAACAAGAGAAGAAUAUUGAAAGCCAGUUGGAGGAACUUAAGAAUUUAGAAGAAGAAUUAUGGGAAGAUCCUAUCUCUCAGGAACUAUUCGAUAACAUAAUCCAAACACAUGAAGUCUGAGAAACACGAAAUACUGCCAAAAAUAAGCACUUAAAGAACUUAAUAUCUGAAGAUUUCCAGUUACGGAAAGAAUCAUAA